AUGAGCACGCGGGGGUCACGGCGGCACGACAUAGCCCACAGCGGCGCACCACCACAGCGCCGGACAUCUGUGUUGGUGGCAGCUGAAACGCGGCAAAAGGUGGAUGCGGAGACGGCAGAAAAGGAUGUGUCUGCUCUCUCACUUGCCUGUCGUGGCUCAUCAGCGUCUUCCAUUGGUGGAUGGCGCACAUCUAUGAGCCCUGCCCCCUUUGUGGCAAUCGAAGCAGCAUCAGCUGCAGCAUCGCCAACAGACUCAACGGCCACCCCAACCGCUCUCGCCAACGGGUGCGCCGAUCCCUCCCUAUCGCGAGUAGCCGCCACGUUGGCCAGGGCGUCUGCGGCUCGAACAUUCUAUAAGGGGCGUGCCCGCAGCGGCAGCGGCAACGCUGUCCCUCGACGUGAGACAGCCCACGAUCCCAGCAGUGGCUCGUCGCUCCCACCCUCUCUGGCUGUGAAAGACCGCCACCACCAGCAUCGCUGCGGAAAGUUUGACAAGGAAGAGCAUAGUAGCGGCAGCAGUGCUGGUCCACACGACAAAUCGCAGAGGGCCAGGCUGGCCGCAGACGUCUGCGCCGAUCAACCGAAGUUAUCUCGCCAUCCCUAUCAAUUGGGCGUAGAAAACUUCUCAGAGUUGACAGCGGAGCCGGCCCCACCUCGGCGUCGCGUGAGCGCCUAUGCUGCUCCCUUUGGGCCGUCUUCCUGGAGCGCGUUCACUGGAGACCGCGCCGAGGCUUCCAGCCCGACUGCUGCACCGUCUGCCGUUGAGGCGUCUCACUCACCGGUGACGUCAUCCUCUCAUCAUAACGUCACUUCCCGGGCGAAUCACACGGGCCGCUUGAAGCCGUCUCUGCCGACCACACCAGGCUCUCCGAAGGCGAUGAAUGUGACUAUGCCGUCUAUGUGCUUCAUCUACACGCGGACCAGCAACCGGAGCACGGAUCGCAAUCGAGAGAAGCCCAAGUAUCGCUCGCUAUCGGCGGCGACGAACGCACUCAGCGAUGAAGUUUGUGCUGUCGUCGCCGCGUCGACCGAGUCCUCAGCCACUGCGAUGAAGGUGGGGGACUUCGCUGCCGAGCGUGUCGCGGCCACCACCCACGCCGCCUCAGCGCCAGUAGCGCUGCCAACGCAGCCGCUCCUCAGACGCGGCACGCUGCCGCAGGCGAAUACCAAAGGGACGCUCGGACAGCCCAACGCGCGCGCCCUUUUUGCGCGCAGCCUCACCCACACCUGUGUGCGUGCACAGGAGGCAAGGCCGGCAGCUCAGUCGUCUUCUGAGGGACACGGGCGCCCUGCGGACGAGAAGCGUAACGAUGCCGCAAGAAAGGAUGCCGACCAUGCGGCGGAUGGUGUUUUGCGGCACACAAGCGCGAGGGAUUUUGAAGAGGCGUCGCACUCGCACCUGCAGCGGUGGCGCCAACGCCAAGAGGAGAAUCGCUCAAGGGCGAAGGAUGUGACAUCAAUCAGCGCCUCAACGCCGCCCGUUGUCGAGAGUGCCACGACGUUAAGAGAUGCGCUGGUAAAGAAUACGGCAGGCGCAGCACCAAGAGAACAGGAGCUGAAGCCAUUGCCGAGUGAGCCAGUGACGGAUGCGUCGUGGCAGCGGCGAGAGAAAAGAGCAAAGCCAUCAACACAAGCGGUCAGCACCGCCAAUACCGACCUGGCCGUUGCGCCACAGCCGCCGACAGAGGAGCCGGAAAGACAGCACAGAAUAUCUGUGACGGUAGAGGCCCGAAAUGCUGCUAGUCCGCCUACUGUAAGUGGGUCCUUCCUCCUCAGUGAAGUCAGGUACAGCGGCACUGUACCAGACUUACCGGAAGCUGCGCUGGCGUCUGUCGCCUCGAAGCGGAACUCAAAGGCGUCGACGACGCCGGCGCCGGAGCCGCCAUCUACAGCGCAAAGCCGAAGCGUGAUUGAUGGCUCUGCGGCUGCAGCUGCCAGAAACCAUGAGGCACAGGCUGAAUCGACUGCCAACGUGUCAACUCACCUCCCACCGAGCAAGUCCUCCCCCAGCUGCUGCCUGACAGAGGACCCGAGGCAUCGAGUCGCUGCGAAAGAUGGCAUUCCAGUGGACCGGGAAGCGCAGCCGCCGCCGCUGCCGUCAGCACAACACACAAGCCAUCCUGGAUUUGUGUCAGUAGCGGCUGAAGGUGUUACUCCGGCUAACCGCUGGCUGCUGGAUCGUACAUCGGCGCACCAGUCUGCGCCCUGCCAGACCACGAAAGGGCCUACAGCGACUGCAAAGGAGGAUGCUGCGCCAUUCCUGUCAGCCAGCACCGCCGAUAUGCAGGGGCUGUUCCGUGCAGUGCUUGGGCGUCGCGAGCAACGACUUCGGCUCCAGGAGUACUCGAACGCUGGCCGCGUCUCUCCUGAACAGCCGACCUCGAUCGAGGCUCCUGCUGGGGCGUCUGGUGGAGUUGAGGUGUCACCGGUUUUCUCUAGCCUUGAGCAGCCAAGCACGCGUCACACCACCGUCACCUCCAGCCCAUGCACAUCUCCAUGGGCGCUGACGCAGGGCGCGACCGUGUCCCCCCCGUUGAAGGUUGAGUCCACGCGCUCGGCCGCACGUGCUGCCCGUGCCGUGGCCCUUGAGGGUGUCGAGGCGCUUCGCACGAGCUCUGUUGUGAGUUCGCCGGCGGGUCCCGAAGCUGGGGAAAACGUGUCCCGCAGUGGUGGCGGGGUAGCGGCAGAGGCACACACUGAGCCCGUUCUCUCCGCUCGACGCAUGGGUGGAGAUCUUCGCAGCUCUUUUUCCACCACCGAAGUGUCCGCUGAGCAGCCAAGCCCAGGUAUCAAGUUACUGCAAAGUGCGAAGGACGAGGAGCUGACGGAGCGACGGCCCUCCAGCCGGACACCCGGCGCGUACACUCCUCUCCUACACUGGAUUCGCCAAAACAGAACGCAGCUGUCGCUCCCCAGCAGUGGUGCACCAACACUCCUGCCGGCAGUCGACGUGGCAGCUGGUCGCGCUGCAAUACCCGCAGCGACCGAGAUUGAGCAGAACCCCCACCUUGUCGAGCGACGCGCUCCCGUCAACAAGUACCACCGACCAAGCAGAACCACCAGCGACACGGAGGUGGACCAUAACGAGGCGCAGCUACCCGAGGCGGGUGCGUCGUGGCAGGCCCCCAACGAGUUGUUGCUCCGCAAGUUAGCAGACGCGCGUGGUUCUCAUCGACGCAGUAGCACUAACAGCUCCGUGUGCGUCCCCUCCCUGGACAAGGGCGUGACGUCGGUGAGGCAUCCGACUCCAGCGCCUGCGCAUCCGUUGUGCCAAGGCGCAGCUGCAGGUCACCGCACACCCGUAGCGGAGGGAGCGCUACUGCCUCAUGCUCCCACUUCCUCCGUGGCCGACGACGCGAAAGGCGCCUCCGCCUGCGCCGUUGCCUCUCUCGGCGACAUUCCGCUGGACGAGCUGGACAAACUCGAGCAGAGCAUCAACGCACUGUUGACGAAUUACGGGUCCAGGAAAACGGCAGGCGAGGGGAGCGCGCCGGCGAAGUUGACGGCCGCCGCUGCGCUCAUGCGUGAGACAUCUCCGCCUGCCAAGACGUCCACUAGUACGAAUACGAGGCACAGGAAGGCCAUGGCAGCCGUGAAUAAACACAGUAAAAACAAUUCGAAGGACGACACGCUGGCGCCGAGCAAUUCCCAAGACAGUAGCUGCGCCUGGCCCCAUCACAGCUGUGCGAUCGAAACCGACGAUGACGACAGCCAGUUGGAAGGAAGCGGACUUUGGUGUGGAGACGAAGACGCGCACGAAGCCAAUCCACCGCCGGUGUUUGUGCCGCCGCUUGACCUGACGUUGCUGCUGCUGCCAACGGGCGAUUCAGAGGAACUCAAGCCAUAUCGCAUCCCGCUGCCCUCCGCCGUGCCGGCACCCGAGGAGGCACACCGGCGUUUUCUUUGCAGCAUCGGCGCCUAUGCGGCAGCCUUUCGCGAAGAAGGCAGCACAGCGACUGCAGAUGACAGCCUCAGGGCUGGUGCGGUGGCAGAUGCUCCAAGCGCGCCUGCGUCAAUGACGGGCGCGGAGGAUGCUGCGCAGCCACCCGGCAACUCUGCGUCGUUGAAUGACUCGUGCGCACUGCCUUCACGGCGGGUCAGCAAGGGCUGCACGUCCCUCACACCCGUCUCCCCGUUUGUGAAUGAGCGUGUUCGGCGAAUGCGAGCGUCACGACAACCUUUUUCGUCGACGGGGACGUCCACCGUAAACGUGCGGAGUCCGAGGGUAUCUCACCAUGCGACAGGCGCUGUGAAGGACGGUGCCGAGAAGACGGUGAGCGAGGAGGCCGAUGCUGGCAACCCGUUGCUCAUGGAGAAAGCUGCAGAUGCUAUCCCGACGGAAGAGAACGAAAUGCUUCGCUCCAGCGGCGAGGCUGGCCACGUGCGGUCGCACGUAGCGCCCCUGGUGCUUUUCACAGACGACAGCGAUGCCUUGGACGGAGGUCGCGGUGCUGAGCGCGACCGACGCGUGAACCGCCAGCGAAGUCGGGUGCAGCGCAUUCUUCUGAAUUGUCAGGAGCAGCGGGAGCGCAAGGAUACUGUCCUUGACGAGUUGAACAUCUUCAAGACUCUGACCAAGCGCUUCUAA